AUGGAGGCCUCGGUUGGACGAGAAGAGCCGCAGGCCAAAGACGAACAACAAGUACGUGACGAAGCUGGUUCGGCCAAGAACGAUGACAGUGCGGGCCAAGGACUAGUGGAAGUAGACGGCAACGCAGCACCGAAGACAUCAGAUGCUGCAGAGCUCUGCUCAAUUGCUAGUAUCAAGCUGGGAGCAGAUACUGAUACCAGCAGCUCAAAUGGCCAGCUUAAACCAGCCACGCAUGAGUCAAGUCUGGAAGAAUGCGCGGGUGAAUUGCCUGGAGAACAUCAUGAGUGCCAGGCUGUGAAGGAGCAGAAACUUGCCGGAGUUAUGUUGAAUAAAACGUCUUCCGCUGUCCACGGCACCACAGCUCAGCAGAACUCUCUGAGAGAACAACUGGAAGUAGCCCAACUGCCGCCAGCACUAGUUGUCCAACCCUAUCAACCACCCGUGAUGGGUCAGCCUGGCUGGGAGAAGACACCAGACCGGCCACCGCAGAAGCUGCCCAUCCGUUUCAAGGAUUGUGUAGGGAGGAACAUGAUGAUUCCUUGGAGGGUUGCCAAGUCCUGGCCGCGUGUCAGGAACCUCAUCAAGAGCAUCUUCUCAAAUGUCGACGUGUUGGGUCCGCAUGUCUUGGCAGGCCAUUAUGACCUCUUCGUUCAUAAUGUGUGGGUGUCGGGAGAAAGCGCGGCGGUGAACCCAGCAUUAAUGAGCUUUCAACACAUGGCUUCACAAACCGCCGAGAGCUCAUCACCAUCCUCGUCGACGAACACAGCGCCGCCGAAACCAGCAGCUGGAGCAUCGCUGCCAGGCUCCUGUAGUAGCAUGAUUUUGCCGGAGCUUUGGGAGGAUAUCUUGGAGCCGGGCAUGCUAAUAACCAUGCAUAUGUGGCCAUUGAAUCCACCUCCGCCUCCGCCGCCCCCGCCGCCCGCUCCGGGUGUCUUAGUUGAAAUGAUACCGCCCCCGCCCCCAUCUCCGGGCUGGAUACCGCCGCGAAGGCCGCUGCGGAGAAUGGCAUCUCCUCCGCCGAGGAGGAAGACGAGAAAAAGGCAGGGUUAA